GUCCUUGGCCUGUAAGAUCUGUGAACUUAUCCCCAGAUAGGUAGUGCCAGAACUGAGUUAACUGCUUCGUGGUGUUGAAAAACACACAUCAGACUACCCUACCCAUUUUGUUAAAGGGAAGUUGAGGGCACUUAAAUAAUGUAUCAAAUUUUGUAUAUCUCUUAUCUGUAUUUUGAAAAGAUAAUAGACUAUUGUAUAGAUAAAAUAUCAGGCUAUCUUUCAAUGGAAAGUAAAUAUGCCUAGGUAUGGAGAAGACUGAAUUAUUUGAGAUGUUCUGUUAAAAUGUCUCUAGGCCCAGAGGGAAUUAAAAUAGGCGGGAAUGUAAAGACUUAUUUUAAAGACCUGUUUCCUGGUUUUGGUAAUCAGGAUUGUAGAAGCUAGAAAAUAUGCCUUUGGCUAUCACAAAUUAGAAAGAAAAUGAAUUUGGUUUAUUUCCUUUCUUAAAAGCCUUUAAAACCCCAGAGGAAAGUAUUUAAUAUUUUAUAUAUAUAUAUAAUCAGAAACAAAUGUCACCAUGGGAACCCAAAAGCAUUCCCUGUUGGACCUCAUUGCUUUCUUCUAAUGACAUUCCUGAAAUUUUGCUUUGGCUCUUAGUAGUGUUUCUUAUAAAAAAUGACCUUAUAUAUCUAUUUAAAACAAAACUUUAGGAUUAUGUAUGUGGCACAGAGAAUAUCCGCUUUUUACUGCCAACUCUGUGGAGCUUAAGGCACAUUUUGAAGUUCACCCUCUUUUGGCUUGUAGCUGUUAACUUGGUAAAUCGAGCGGCUAUGCACUCUUCAAUCAGGUUACAGGGUGAACAGAAACUCCUUCUAUACUUGAGGACUCAGAAGGCAUAGAAUUUAUAUAUCUGGCCAGGAAAAAAAGAAUAAUACAGAAUUUAGCUUUGUUCAACUUAGGGGACAAGUCUUACUUAAGUGCUUUAGAACAUACUGUCUGGCCUUUUGGAAAGUCAGGCUUCUCGAUUCUUUGAGAAGUGUAUUCAUUCAUUCAGUUAUUUAGCAGAUAUUUAUUGAACACCUCUAGGCAUUAGGCCCAGGUCUAGGUCCCUCCUCUCACGUAGCUUCCAUUUAAUUUUCUUUUGAGUUCUAUUCUGCUUUCCCUGGCAAAAGCCAAGAACUUUCACCAAAAGGUGGCCAGAAUCCUCUGAUUCCUGCCUAGGACUGAUGUCAGAACCUCUUCAUUUUCUUAUUUUAUUUAGUGCUUGGGUUUCCUCUUUGAACUGUUAUUCAUUUGUUUAUAGAGACUUUAGUCUUUCCUGAAGAUUUAGAGAAUCACCUCUUAUUAAAAAACCCAGUAGUAGCAUUUUAUACAAAAGACAUUAUUCAGGUUACAUCACAGAUAACAUACUUUCAAGUGUGUCUUAUGAGAGGGGAGGACUGUUUUCCCUCUGUUGCAUACUAUGAAUAAUAAAUAUAUAAAGCUAUUACUUCCCAUUUCCCAUGGGAAAUAUAAGAUUCUUAUUACCUAGGCAACUAUAAUGUGUUGGUCUCAAAUUGUAUGCAGUUUAGUUGUGAUUUUAUUAGUGUAUUUACCUUGUGUUUUCCCAGGAACUAAUGAGUGGCAAAAAACAGACUCAUUUCUCAGGAGUGGCCUGUGUAGUGCAAAGGUGUCUUGUGCAGUUGCUGUGGGAACUCUCUCACUUUCACACCUUUAAUAUCUUAUUUUUAACGUUCUUCCACUCUUAUGUGUACAACUUUCCAGAGAGAAAAGUUAACAAAUCAGAGUGAUCUGUGCUCAUUUAGUAAUAUAAUAUUAGAAACAAAUGCAGUUAUUUGUAGAAACUGCGCCAAACUUCAUUUUUCAGUUUAAUUUUUGACAUACUAUGAUGUUAUUAUAUGCUUCCUGUGCUUUAAUUUUUGCCUCUCAUUUUUUAAAAAAAUCUGUUUCCUUCCCAUUUAGCAGAGCCUUUGGUAUGGGGAAUAAUUUUUGAGAUGUUUGAAAUCUUAACUAAAAUCCCAGGAAAAACUAUGGUUUCUGGACAACAUGUGAAUUUAAAGGAAAAGGAACUUAUUGGAGAACACUCACUUCCUUUAUCGUUCCUUUAUUUUAAGGAAGCUAUAUCAGAAGCAUGGUGAACCAAUGCUUUCUCAAUGUUCUCUAGCCAUUCCAGAGAGUCCAUUCUGAUUGGGAGAAGGAAAAAUUUACCUUUCUUCUUGGAAUUAAUUUCUAUUCUCUCUUUUGUUAAAGAACAAAAUUCAACUGAAUAAAUUUUAAAGAUCUUAUUGGUUUUAUUCAGCCAUUCAUGAAUCAGGCAGCAUCCAAUCUAGCAGAUAGAAAGGAACUCCAAAGAAGUGUACAACUUAACAGGGUUUUAUAGACCAAAGUGAGCAGGAACAGGAAAGUUAUACUGGGCAUUCGCUGAUUGGUUAAUGCUGGGUUAUCCCCUUAUAUGGAGCAAAGGAAGUCUUGGGGCCUGGUGAGGUAACUUGUGCUGGGCAGGCAAGGGCUGAUCAGUUGACCUAGGCCUUCCUUCUCUGAGGCUCGAAAUUUAGUUAAGUUUUGGUUUGUCGAUGUGGUGUUUAGCAUGAGUGACUUCAUCUUGAGCCGAAUCUGUUUACCUUAACUGUUUUAUUCUCUUUUUGUGGUGUGACUUCUUUGCAUCCACAUGUACUACUGAGUUCUCUCCUUAUAGUAGGAAUGUAGAUUAAGAGUUGUGUUUUCACUAAAAAAAAAAAAAAAAAAAAAGUUGAGAAGGCUAUUCAAACUCACUAGUAGAGAAAAAAAUGGAAAAGUAAACAAUUAUAAAGUACUACUUAAUAUAUGUUAGCAAUUUUUAAAGUGUUGAACAAAACCUAAUGUGGACAAGCCUUAGAGAAAUGGUUAAACUCAACUACUGCUAGUAGCACUGCAAACUGAUGGCAUUCUUUUGGUGGUACAUAUUCAGAACCAUAAAAAUAUUCAUACUCUUUGGCCACUAACUGCAGACCUAGAAAAAAAUUCAAAAGAGGUUAAAAAAAAAACAAAACUGUUUGGUGUUCAAGGCAAAACUAUAGUGAAAAGUUGAAAGAAGCCUAAAUGCUCUCCAGUAGGGACAUGUCUGAGUAAACUAUGGAAUUCCAACACAAUUAAAUGUAUAAGGCCUGGAAAUAGUAACAAUAAAGAUUUUAUAUCAAUGUGAUAAACACAUUUAAUAUGAUGUUAAGUGGAAAAGUGCAGCCUGACAGUAGCAGAGCCACUUAGCCUGUAUCUCAGGAGCUGGGAAGAUAAAAAGUGUAAUACGGAACUUAAUUCUGUUCAAUUUAGGGAAUAAGUCUGACAGAAGUGAAGUUAUGUGAACAUAUAGAUCAAAUUUGGAAGAGAAAUUUUUAAAAUGUUUUCUGGGUUGUGUGUUUCCUAGUAAAAUUAAUUUUAACGUUGUAAUUUAAAAAUAAUCAUUUUUAAAGAUCUGUUUCUGUUUUCUUUGUAAAAUUGAAUGGCUGGCACGCAAAGCCUGGUUGCCUCAACUUCAUAGCUGAAAGUUGUUACCUUUUGUUGAAUAAUUUAGUUGUUGAAUGGGUUUGGAUCUUUUAUUCAUGCUGUUCUCAAUAAUUUAGAAUCUUAAGUUGGAAGGAAUCUAAGAAGCAUUUUAGAACAACCUCCCACCAGUAUAGGGAUCCCUUCUAUAACAUUCCUGACAGACGGUCACCCUCCUUCUGUUUGAAGGCUUCCAACUAUGGGAAACUCAUUACUUCAUGAUGCCACCUGUUCAAUUACUGGAUAUCUCUAGUUGUUAGAAAGUUCUUAACAGCUACUGAGUUGAAUCUGUAUCCUUGUCUCCUCUGCCUACUGGUCCUAAUUCUUUCCUGAAGUACAAGAGAACUGAUAAAUCUUUUUUUUUUUUUUCCCCUCAAGACAGUCUUUUGAAUGUUUUUUAAAAGGCAGUUUUUGUCUUCUCUUAGCCUUUAUUCUUUCAGCUGUUAUUUAUGGAUAGAUGUAGAAUUUGUAGAUUUUGCCAUUUAUUAUCUGUACCUACUUCUUAUGUUAACAGUACCUCAGCUUUUUUUAUUGAUUCAACUCUCUCCCACUCUGUCUGUGAUUUCAGUGAAGAUGACGCUAUUCCUGGAUCCAGGAGUGGAGAAUAACACCUUUACUAAGUCUUUUUUAAACAUUUCUUGUAUUUUCUCAAUCCAUGCCUCCAUUCUAUUUCUGAGAUUAUGGAUCAUCUUUACCAUCAUUACUCUGAAUUCCUUUUCAGGUGUAUCCUAUGAGCUCAGCUUGGACAAGUCGCAGGAACCUGGGCUGGGCUCCAAGGCAGGAUGUUUCUUACACGAGGGACAAGAGAUCUCUGUAGGGAGUCAGUGGGUCAACAUUUUGGUGGCCCAUAUGGGGAUCCAGAGAAGACCCUUCAUGUCUUCAGUGCUGGUAAGCAAACAGAGGACAAUGAAGAGAUGUAUGGUGAGACGUAUAUAUUGUGAAAUACUUGAAUGUACCUCCUCCUUUGGCUGUAUGAAUACUAUAAACCUGACACAAGAAAAAUUUUUGGAGAAGAGAAUUGGCAUCUGUGUAGGUGUUUAAAACUGCCCUAUAGUAAUAUUGAAACCGUGCACCCUCAGAUUGGGACUUGAACCCAUGUACUGGGACUGGAACCCGGCCAAAACCCACAGUCUUCCAAGUGAGAUCACACACCUGGUUUCAGAAUUUAAUGAAGCUCAGGUUCUUGAUGUCACAUCGCAGAAAGAAUUCAGUGAGAGAUAAAGUGGUAGGUAAGAAGUGGAUUUAUUUAGAGAGAAGCACACUGCACUGACAGAGUGUGGGCCAUCUCAGAAGGCAAGAGCAGCCUUGGGAGAAACACACUCCACAGACAGAGCGUGGGCCAUCUCAGAAGGUGAGAAAGGCACCAGGAUAUGGGGUUGUCAGUUUUUAUAGGGGUGGGUAAUUUCAUAGGCUAAUGAGUGGGAGGAGUAUUCCAACUAUUUCAGGAAGGGGUGGGGAUUUCCAGGAAUUGGGCCACUGCCCACUUUUUGAUCCUUAUGGUUGACCUUGGAACUGUCAUGGCGCCUGUGGGUGUGUCAUUUAGUUGAUGAUGUGUCACAGUGAAUGUAUACUGAGGCUCAAGGUCUAGUGGAAGUUGACUCGUCUGCCAUCUUGGAUCCAUUUGGCUCUAAUCAGUUUAUGUCAUGUCCUCGGGCUAUGUCAUUCUUUCAAAGGCUGUGCCCUGCCUCCUUCCCUCCUGUUUCAGUAUUACCUUUAACCUUGCAACAAUAUUAGGGGAAUGAAGCCAGACAUAGUUUAUGCUUUUAGGAUACCUGCAGUAUAAUCUAUAAAUUAUA